AACUUGGUGAACGCCAGCUGCGGAUUGAGCACCAGGCCUCUGGGGCGCCCUCUACUGUUCGCUGUGUGAACAACGUCCGCAUGUGCAAUCAGACACCGUCAUGGCGGCUCAGGCUCGCGCUGUGGUCUCAGCCCAGUGGGUAGCGGACGCAAUCAGAAACGGCCUCGUAGGCUCCAAGAUUCGGAUCCUGGACUCGUCGUGGUACCUCCCGAUAACGAAACGGGACCCGAAAGCGGAGUUUGCCGAGAAGCAUAUCCCGGGCUCUUUGUUCUUCGACAUCGACGAAUGUAGUGACCGCAGUUCACCGUACGACCACAUGUUGCCCACCGGCAGCCACUUUUCUCGCUACGUGGGCGAGCUGGGCAUCGGCAGCGACACGCACGUGGUAGUGUACGACACGAACAGCUUCGGAUCGUACAGCGCCCCCCGCGUCUGGUGGAUGUUCCGACUGUUCGGCCACAACUCGGUGUCGGUGCUGGACGGCGGCAUGAAGAACUGGUUGGCCGAAGGGCGCCCGGUGACGUCGGAACAAGUGAAGCCGGAGCGCACAGACUUCCAGGUGACCACGAAGCCUGCGUGGGUGAAGACGUACGAGGACGUGCUGGACAACAUCGGCACCGAGAAGAUCCAGGUGGUGGACGCAAGGGCGGCCGGCAGGUACAGGGGACUCGAACCGGAGCCCAGAGAGGGCACACUACCAGGCCACUUCCCCGGUGCGAUCAACAUGCCAUUCACAUCAUUCCUGGAAGCCUCUGGAAAGUAUCUUGCAAAUGAGGACCUGUCCAGACUGUUCAAGGAGGCCGGGGUGAAACUGGACCAGCCGCUGUGGGCCACCUGCGGUUCGGGCGUGACGGCGUGCCUUGUCGUUCUGGCCGCUCACUUGCUCGGGCACCCGGGGGUGUGCGUUUACGACGGCUCCUGGGCUGAGUGGUUUAAAAGGGCAUCUCCUGAGAACGUCAUCUCAGAGGGAGCGGGAAAGAAGAUGUGAAGCAGGAAUCAAUGUUAACACACAAAGCAAUACGUUCGUCACAAGCUGAGCGAAUCAAACUACAGUAAUUGGUCAAACAUUUGCACAUUUUAAACUGCCGAUACACAGUUAACGUGUUAUUCAUUUAAGAAGAGUUAUAGUUGAAGGUUGCAACAGGCUGCACAAAAAUGCAGUGAAGCACUCUUAUGUACCACUCUAUGCAAAUAAUCUAUUUCAAACAGCACAAGAAAUGCUUAUGGUGCACGAAGCACUGUGCUCAUGGUUGGUUCUUAAGUGACAGUCGUUUAUGCUGGCUGGACUGGUGAUUCAAGAACAAAGUGCACUUUAUAAUAAGAGGAGUCGUCUUUAGCAAAUCCUUUCAUGAAAUACAUUCUCUCAGUUUUCUCACAUUUAAACGGUCAUGCUCAUGCGUCAUUCUCAUUAUUCAUUAACCAGAAAAGUAAAUAAUCACCUGUUCUUUGGGAAGGGUUUGCAGGAGCCUCAAUUUCAACAUAUUGUAGCUGGCAGAAAUACAGAUUAUAUCACCAUUUAUGUUAUUAAAUACAGUUUGAAAUGUCA